UUUAAUUUUUAAUUAAAAUAUGCCCGUGCCAUUGAUAUUGGUUUUAGAAACUAAGAUACACAGUGAUUAAACACAGGCCGAUGAACAACAACUGAUUUGAAUUUGCACCUUGAGAAGCCUUCAUGCCAUUUGAAUCGAAUUAAUGUGUGACAGUUGGUGGAAGGAGAAAUAUUAUCUUCUAUAGCUUUAUGAUUCCAUUCUUUGGCUUUGUAAAGAUCUUGGCCAUAACUUCGAUUUAAAUGCUGGAUGCUUCGAUUUUAAUUAUGUUGGUGGUGGCGUAUAUUAUCUUUACACUGGAUUAUUUAGUGAGCGCUGAUCAAAGUUUUAAUUAUGAAAUAGUGAAUCGCUAUGGUUUGGGAAAGCCCAUUAUUUACAAGUAAAAUUAAAAAUGGCGGUUACCCGUACCCCGAAAAGCUUCCUUCAGAAAAGCCAGCGAUAUACGUGCGACCACCGUACAGGAGCGUGUACCAGGGUACCAGAAACAAGGAAGACAGAAGGGUUUACAACAAGAAAUUUCACUACCCGUCCAAAACUAGUGGACACCAUUUGUAUUGCGAAGGAGUUUUUGAUUGCACUCUGUCCCACAUAGCGGUGGAAACGAAUGGGAGCAUACCAAUCAUAUUCCGCGGAGGCGCCGGCCACAAGUACUUCACCGUGAUCAUUAGGGCCGAACCCUUCGAGGAAUUGGCGGGCAGCGUCAGGGCGUACUGCCGGCGACCUCCGAAAGGCGAAGAACACGUCGCCAUGUUCAGAAGGUUCAGGAGAUAUUUGUAGCAAAACAAACAGCUACAAAUGAUUAUUUUACAUAAAUUUUUG